GAUAAUGGUAUGCUGUUAUCCUCCUCCUAUUCCUUUUUAUUUUUAUUUUUUAUUUUAUUUAUCUUUUCAUCGAUCUAAUCUUCCCUUCAAUCCUUGUAUAUAAAUCAACUGCAUACCAAUGCUACGAAGAUACAACAGGCAACUGCAUAUCCUUCAAAGAGAGAGAGAGAGAGAGGGAGAGUGAGAAAUAAAUGGCUACGGUUUUGGCAAGAGGAGCACAGACCAUUAACUCCGUGGUUUUCAAGCCAAUGAGUCGAAAAGGUUUUCAUAAGCAAAGCUCUUCUGCAGAUAUGGUACGUGAGACGGUGAAGUCUGAAGGUGAUGAAGCGAAGAACAAGAACCAAAUGGGAGAAAAUAAUGAUAACAAUAUAUGGGUUCCCCAUGAGAAGACUGGAAUAUAUUACCCCAAGGGCCAAGAGAAAGUGUUGGACGAAAUUUCUCCAGGAUCUGUUAAGGAUAUGGGUGUCAAUUGGUUUUCAUAAUAUGAAAACCAAUUGAUUAAUUAAUUAAUUAAUCCCUUUAUCCAAAUAAAUGGAUGCAAAAUAUAUACUAUAUUUAUGUACUUAUGCCACUUUGGUGAACAAAGAAUAUAUUGCAGUAAGUGGCAUAACCUUGAUCAAUAUUUUCGAACUCUUUUGAUAUAUUUCAAUGACCCAAUGUUGAGAAUUAA